UCACUCCUGCGCGUGCGCGGACGCGCGCUCCAGCCGCGUCAAUGGGCAACGGUCUCGGGUCGGGCUGAAGCGGUCGGUCGCCCGUCCCUGUAUCGCGGAGCGGGGGGGUUGUAGGCACAGCGCCUCCGCCCGGCCCCACCCCUCCCCGGCUCGGCUCGGCUCGGCUCGGCUCGGUCAGGCCAGGCCAGGCCCGGCCCCGAUGCUGCUCUCGGCCGCCUGAGGGGAAGGUCGGCGUGCUUCGGCCACUGUUUGAUGAGCAGCCGCCCGGCAGCGAGGCAGUCAGGCCUCGGGCUCAGCGGGAUGUUCGCGGCGGUGGAGCAAGGCCCGGUACUGUGCAGCGACUCCAACAUUCUGUGCCUGUCGUGGAAAGGCCGUGUGCCCAAGAGCGAGAAAGAGAAGCCCGUGUGCCGCCGGCGUUGCUACGAGGAGGGCUGGUUGGCGACCGGCAACGGCAGAGGGGUGGUCGGCGUGACUUUCACCGCGAGUCACUGCAGGAGGGAGCGCAGCAACCCGCAGAGGAUUAACUUCAACCUGCGAGGCCACAACAGCGAGGUGGUGCUUGUGCGCUGGAAUGAACCAUUUCAGAAACUUGCAACUUGUGAUGCUGAUGGAGGAAUUUUUGUCUGGAUUCAGUAUGAAGGCAGGUGGUCAGUUGAACUGGUCAAUGACCGUGGAGCACAGGUGAGUGAUUUUACCUGGAGUCAUGAUGGUACUCAGGCACUCAUUUCAUAUCGAGAUGGCUUUGUCCUGGUUGGAUCUGUCAGUGGACAGCGACAUUGGUCUUCUGAGAUUAAUUUGGAUAGCCAGAUUACCUGUGGAAUAUGGACACCAGAUGACCAACAGGUGUUAUUUGGAACAGCUGAUGGGCAAGUGAUAGUGAUGGACUGCCAUGGACGUAUGCUAGCUCAUGUACUACUCCAUGAAUCUGAAGGUAUCUUGGGAAUGUCUUGGAAUUAUCCCAGUUUCCUCGUGGAGGACAGUAGUGAGAGUGACACAGAUUCUGAUGACUAUUCGCCACCACAAGAUGGUCCAGCAUUAUAUCCUUUACCAAUCCAAAACAGCAAGCCACUGCUGACUGUUAGCUUCACAUCAGGGGAUAUCAGCAUGAUGAACAACUAUGAUGAUUUGUCACCUACUGUUAUCCGCUCGGAUAUGAAAGAUGUGGUGGUACAGUGGAGCACCCAGGGAGAUCUGCUGGCUGUCGCAGGCAUGGAAAGACAGAGUCAAUCUUAUGAACCGGGCAGUGUUUCAGUAGUGAAAAAUGCUGCUGUCAAAUUCUUUAAUAACCAUGGUGAACAUAUUUACACACUGGAAAGUCCCACCCAGCGUCCUAUUACAGCCAUCUGUUGGGGUCAUCGUGACUCUCGCUUGUUCCUGUCUUCUGGACCUGCCUUGUAUGUUGUUCGUGUGGAGCACAGGAUUGCCAACUUGCAAUUAUUGUGUCAGCAGGCAAUUGUCAUUUCUCUUCGUGAUGAGAAAGACUUCAGUAAAUUAACACUUCCACCUCGUCUUUGUUCAUACCUCACUGCUGCCUUUGUAUCAACAAUUAAGCCUCCAAUCCCAGACCCAAAUAAUAUGCGGGAUUUUGUAAGUUAUCCAACAGCAGGAAAUGAAAGAUUGCACUGCACUAUGAAGCGUACAGAGGAUGACCCAGAAGUAGGAGGGCCAUGCUAUACCUUGUAUCUGGAAUACCUGGGUGGAUUAGUACCAAUCUUAAAAGGGAGGAGAAUUAGUAAACUUCGACCAGAAUUUGUCAUAAUGGAUCCUAAAACGGAUGCUAAAACAGAUGAACCCUUUGGCAACAACUUGAUUUCAAAUGUAAUUGACAGCUGUAAUUGUUCUGACUCCAGUGAUAUAGAACUUAGUGAUGACUGGGUGGGGAAGAAAUCUCCAAAGAUAUCUCGAGCAAGCAAGUCCCCCAAAUUACCCAGAAUUAAUCUUGAUGCUAGAAAAUCACCCAAACUUUCUCGGGCUAGCCAGGAGAUAUCAAAGUCUCCACGAUUGCCAAUUAGGAAACCUUCUAUUGGUUCCCCAAGCUUAACUCGUAAAGAAUUUCCUUUAGAAGAUAUCACACAGCACAACUAUCUUGCUCAGGUCACAUCCAACAUUUGGGGAACGAAGUUCAAAAUUGUAGGAUUGGCUGCAUUUCUACCAAGUAAUCUUGGUGCAGUCAUCUAUAAGACCAGCCUGCUCCAUCUUCAGCCCAGACAGAUGACCAUCUACCUACCAGAAGUGCGCAAGUUAUCAGUGGAUUUGAUCAACAUGUCUAUGUUCAAUCCCAGUGUUUUCAGUGAAGAUGAGGAUGAUCUUGCAGUGAAUGGAACAUCUGGAGCUCCUGAAAACAAUCCUCCUUGCACUGUUAAUAUUCCCAUUGCACCCAUCCAUAGUUCUGCACAAGCAAUGUCUCCUACUCAGAGUAUUGGUCUUGUCCAAUCAUUACUAGCCAAUCAGAAUGUGCAGCUGGAUAUUUUAACCAAUCAAACUGCUGUUGCAGGAGCCGUGGAACAGACUUUGGACAGCUCUAGCCAGUAUGCAAUUCCCAAUAGGUAUUCUAACCCAGGGCAGGCUAUCUUUGGAAGUUUGGAAGCAAGCCGUAUGACAAGUGGAUCACAGCAGCCAUCGCAACAGAUCUCAGGGAUGGUGCAGAUUCCUUCUCUGGAGCAUGUUGAAAGGGAGCCUGAACACACUCAAAAAAUCAAACCCUUGCGAACAGUGCCACAGUUGGUUGAAAGCGAUGCAGUGGUCUUCUGUACAACUCCCGAUGUUCAGUUAGCUAAACUAAAUGCACAUCCACCUCCUCCAUAUCCAGGAACUACCACGGCUUCUGCAGCCAUUCCUGUCACUGCUCCAUCAGUUGAUAUCUGUCUGAAAAAAGCAGAUUUUUCCCUCUUCCCUACGGGGCACCUGCAAACCCCACUAGGUUAUGAAAGAAUCACAACAUUUGAUAGCAGUGGGAAUGUAGAGGAAGUGUGCAGGCCUCGUGUGAGAAUAAUGAGCAACCAAAACAUGUACACCCUCCCAGGCCCAGGGCAGUCAUCGCUACGCCUGCCUUCAGCAGAUGCAAGGAAAGUACAACAGGUAUAUGGGACACUCAAUAGGCUGAAUGUGUCUCACUGUGUUAUUCCCACUGGAGAUCCACCACCUUAUCCUGAUGCAACUAUUAGGAGGCACCGUAUUGACAGUAAUACACUACAGAUGCCAUUGCGAAGAAACAGCAAAGAUGCCACAGUAAAGGUGUCUCAGCUUCUAGAAUCCCAACGAGUUGUUCAACACGGUCAUAAACCAAAAAGCAACUCUGUGACUGCACAGUACCAACAAAACACACUGCGAUCUCCCCCGGCUCUGUACACCUGCAGUCAAUGUAUCAGCAAUGGAAGUAACACCAGUAACAUUGGUAGACAGGAACUACCUACUGGAAGUGGCUCUCAGCACAACACUGUAAUUGUGCACUCAUCUAGCACAUCACCACUCUCCUCCCAGUCAUCUUAUAAUCUGCUGAGCCCUCCAGACAGCUGUCAUGAUAGAACUGAAUACAUUAAUAACGCUUUCACUGAGGAUGAGUCCAUUUUACAGCCCUGCCAGAUUGAGAAAUCCAUUCGGCAUAUUUCAUUAAAUAAUGAUAUGACAAUGAGCAUGAAGCGGCCACCUCCAUAUCAAUGGGAUCCAGCAGGGGGUGAGGAGAUUUGGAUCCCACAGGAUAGACCAACUGCAAUUUCAUCAACAGUGAAUCAUAAACCUCCACCCCUCAUGCUGGACCAAUCACAUAUGGAAAUGUCACAUGUGUCAUUCGUUCCUAUUAAAUCUCCUACCAGUCCAACAGUCACUUUCCAAUCAAAUUAUGGGCUGACUUUACCAUAUCCUAUAAGUUACACAGCGUCUCCUAUUGCAGCCUUCCAGGCAUCAUUUCCUCCCCCAGAAGCUAUAGGUCCACCACCAUAUCCACAACAAGACCCUUCAGUAGUUGUCCAAUCUGGUUAUCCACCAAACCUUACCUGUUGUCCAUUGCCACCAAUGUACCCAACCAGUAACACAUUUUCUAGUUUACAACUCCCCCACAUUGCUUUGCACCAGUGGAAUGCCUACAGUGCUUGUUCUCCAAUGCAUAGUGCACAAGGGACUUUAAGCUCAAAGCCGCACUUGCUUGUUGAAAAAUCUGGAAUGCCUCCAUUUUCAACAGAGCUUCAAGAUCAUACGGGAACUGAAGUGAUUGUGGAAACAGCAGACAAUUUUCAAGAGGUUCUCUCUCUGACAGAGUCUCCUGUACCCCAAAGAACUGAUAAAUGCAACAAGAAAAGUCGUAAACGGUUAGACAGUCGGCCAGAGGAAACAAACAUGCAAGCCGUAACUGAGGGGAAGAUGAAAAAAGAGGCAAAGGCACUCACAGACUUCAACUCCCUUAUUUCUAGCCCAAGAUUAGGAAGAGAAAAGAAAAAGAUCAAAAGCCAGAAGGAUCAACUAAAAUCCAAGAAACUAAACAAAAUGAGUGAGUUUCAAGACAGUUCAGAGAGUGAGCCAGAGUUAUUCAUUAGUGGGGAUGAGCUAAUGAAUCAGAGCCAGAGCACGAAGAAAGUCUGGAAAACUAAGAGAAAUCUAAGGACUGCAAAUGAAACGGAUGAGCUGAAAUGUCGAAGAGCAAAUGAUAAAGAGGACGGGAAAUUGGGCAAUCAAGGGUUUGUGUAUGUGAUGGCUAACAAACAGCCACUGUGGAAUGAGGCAACGCAAGUCUACCAGUUGGACUUUGGUGGAAGAGUGACUCAAGAAUCAGCUAAAAACUUCCAAAUUGAACUUGAUGGGCGACAGGUGAUGCAGUUUGGAAGGAUUGAUGGUAAUGCAUAUAUCCUGGAUUUUCAGUAUCCAUUUUCAGCAGUGCAGGCUUUUGCUGUUGCACUAGCAAAUGUUACUCAGCGACUGAAAUGAAUGGGAUGAGCGAAACUGCUUUCUGGAUCUAAGGAACAGAAGAUGCCAGAAAUGCACUUUGUAUGCACUGUGACUGAAAUGGUCUGGGUAGCUGUGCACUGCUGCCUUUUACUUUAGAGCUUCACAGAUCACCCAUUUAAUCUUGAAGUAACCAGAAGGGCAAAGAGCAUGCUUCUCGGAUGCAUGCCAGGAUGAUUGCAGUUCAGAGAGCUUGCUGCUUUGUAGACCUUUGCAGUGGAUUACAUGCUGCACCCUGCUUAUCCGAAUAACCCCAUAGAAUAAGUUUACCUGUUGACUAGACUGCCUUAUACUAUAGUGUUUUUGUUUCUUGCAACAAUUACAGAAUUUUGUUUUCUCUUCAAUUUUUAAUAACACUAAUAAUACUUGAAUAAUACAGAUUCUUGGCACCGGAAUGAGAAGGUAUGGUAUUGAUAGGUUGCUCGGGUUAUGUCAAUACUUCUAAGCACUGGAAACAGCAAUUUAAGGAGUUUAUAAAUUAAAAUGACAAGACAGUGUUUAAAACAGAGUUUUGAGGCAGUUUGUUUUAAUAUUCAUUGUUUUAAAAUUAAUAUUUUGUGUUUUGUUAAGCUAUUCUACUGCUAUCAAAAACAAGUUAUUGAGUUGGAACACGUUGAUACUAUGUCAGCAACUUUUAAACUUUACAAAAUAAUUUUUAUUUCUAGUGACGAUGAGUUGCACAUGUAUCCUUAAUAGCGGAUUGCUUUCCUGAUUGACAAGCAAACCACCAUUUUGGGGUAUAUCUGUAAAGUAGGGGACCGAAUGCGCCUAAACUUGCAUGGUACUUUUACAGAAUGCUGGCCUGUAGUAACUUUUCUAUAAAUAUUUUGGUUGCGUAGCUUGUUCUGUGAGGUUUGGUUUAGGCAGUGACACAGGUGUUGGGGGUGGGGUGAGUUAUUGUUACAAGCUGUAGUAUUUGUUGUCUCAAGGUUAGGAAAACUUGGAGAUGGUUAAAGUUUAAUGCAAUGUAAAUUCCUGAAUACUUUAAACUUGAUUUUGAAAUAUAAUUUUCAUCCACCAUUAUGAGUUGCGGUUCAAACACACAUGCUUGAAAAUACUAGGGUUUAUAAAAUCCUGAGAAUCAAAGAUUUUGUUAUACUUAUUCAACUUGACAUUUCUCAGUAAUAAUUAUAUUUUUAAGUAGUAGCAACAGUCCUUUGUAUCAUGCAGACAUUUGUUGGGCAAAAGCAGGUUAUUCAAUCCAAUAGGUCUGUGCCAUUGCUGAUAGUCCAUAUAAGCUAUUUCCCAUCUUUCUCACCCAUCUCAUCAUCUUCACUGAUCCCUACCCACUAUUCUGUUUGUCUAGCUUCUCCUUAAUAAAGCUAGGAGUGGUGGUUCUAAUUUUCCACUGUUACCAGAGUGAUGUUUCCCCUGAAUUCCUGAGUAGUUUUCUUCUUUUUUUUUGACCCCCAUUGCAAAAAACAUUCUCUCUGUGACCUCAGCUUUUAAAGACAUCUAUCAGGUCAUCCUUUGGUCUGCUAUCACCUUAAGACAUAGGAACUGAAAAAGGCCAUUGCAUCAUAACUGAUUUAUUGUCCCUUUCAACCUCAUUGCCCUGCUUUCUCCCCAUGUGAUCCCUGGAUUCAACAGCUUAUCAUAUAAAGAGCAUUUGAUAGCUCUAUAUUCACUAGAAUUCAGAAGAAUGAGAGGUGACCUCAUUAUAACCUAUUGAAUGGUGAAAUGCCCGCUAGAGUGAAUGUGGAGAGGACAUUUCCUAUGGUGAGGGAGUCUAAGACCAUAGGACACAGCCUCAGAAUAGAAGGGUGUCCUUUUAAAAUUUCUUUAGCCAGAGAGUGGUGAAUCUUCGGAAUUCUUUGCCUCAGGCAGCUGUGGAGGCCAGGUCUUUAUGCAUAUUUAAGGCAGAGGUUGGUAGAUUCUUGAUUGGUGAAGGGCACGAAGGGAAGUUGGGGCUAUGAUGAUAAUUGGAUCAACCAUGAUGAAAUUCGGAGCAGACUCGAUGGGCCAUAUGGCCUAAUUCUGCUGCUGUAUCUUAUGGUCUUAUGGUAACCUUUGACACCCUUACUAAUCAAGAACCUAUUAAUGACUUGGCCUGCACAGUUGCCUGUGGUAAUAAAAUCCACAGAUUCACCACACUCUGGUUAAAGAAAUUCCUCCUCAUCUCUGUUCUAAAGGGGCGUCCUUCUAUUCUGAGGCUUUGCCUUCUGGUCACAGACUCCUGUUGGAAACAUCCUCUCCAUGUCCACUAGGUUUUACAAUAUCUGUUAAAUUUCAGUAAGAUCUACCCACAUUCUUCUAAACUCCAGUGAGUACAGGCCCAAAGCUGUCAAAUACUUCUCUUACAUAACCCUUUCAAUCCCAGGAUCAUUCUCAUGAACCACAUUCUUAUCCUUAUCAGUUAAGAAAAAGCGGUUUUACAUUUCUAACAGAGACUAAGAUUAUGCAUAUCAUUCCAGCCAAGGUUCUGCAUGAGUUUAGUGUAAUUGCUGUGCUUUUGAAUUUGAUUCCACUGAAAUAAGACCCAGUGGUGUGUUUACACAUUAUAAUUAGCACCCUGAGAUUCCUUUGAGCUACUGCCUUAAAUAAGUCCUUGUUUUCCAUAGAAAAUAUGGAUCCCGUCAAUGAAGCACCUCAUACAUAAUCAUAUUGAAACUUAUUUUCAUUUACAUGUGCUUUUAGCAACACAACUGUCAUUCUUUCUCCAUAUUAACAAUAUCUCCUAUUUUGAUAUUGCUUGCAAAUUUUUAUAUCAUAUUUCCAAUUCAUAAAUCAUUUAGUGGCCUUAAGGCUUAUCGACAUGGAACAUUAUUUCUCAUCUUUUCAAGUUACUGAUUGUUUUGGUUAGUUGCAAUUAAUUAAAUGAGUGUUAAUUACUCAGGUUUAUUAAGAAGGAAAAUUCUCCUUUUAUUUAUCACUUUGUCCCUCAUCUGCUGUUAUCACCCUUAUUAUUUAGCAGCUCAAAGAAUCAUCCUGAAACUUAAGAGUAAUUGACAAGCAUUGUACUCUGACCCUGGGUCAUAUUGAAUCUUUAGGGUGGCAUGUCCUUUGUAAUCUAAAACAGUUUUAUUGAGGUUUUAGCAGUGACCACUUCAUUCAGUACAGAAUGUAGGAAUGCAUAGAGAACUUGUAUUCUCUGACUAAACAGAACUGUGUUUUGGAAAUUGAGAGGUUUGCACUUUGUCACAGGAACUAUUCAUGUUUAUAAACCUACGGGAAACAAUGUUUCUUUUCUCUCCACACCUGUUCAUUGAUUUCAAGGGAUAAUAUCCAUUGUCAGUAGGAAGAGGAAAAAGAUGUUAUUAAUUCAUCAUUAUACUAUUAAUACUUUUGAUGCAUCCAUGUAAUAUGUUGGCUAUUUGUACAAGCAAAAAGAGAUAACAAGUAUUUCAUGAGAUUUUGAUAAGCAUGACCUUUGUAACUAGCAGCAGUGGAGCUACCAUGCUUUUAGCUGUGAAGAUAAGAUUAUUAUCUGCACGCACUGUAAUUUUGUUUUGUUGCAAUUCAUCAUGAUAAAUCUCACUGCCCCUCAGUGAGAAUCUUUAAACAAAUCAAUCACAAGGAGUCUUCUGGUAAUGUGAAAAUCAAAGACUGCAGAUGCUGCAAAUCUAAAAGACUAAACACUCAGCGAGUUAGGCAGCACCUAUAGAGAGAGGAACAGAGUUAACAUUGGUGUUAAGUAUGUGCGUUGUCAUGUUUGCCAUUGGCAGAGGACAGGAGCAAUAAGCAUAAUUAUCCCACCAACUAUGCGCAUCACAAAAGUUGUUGAUGGGUAGUAUGAUUUGAAGCAACAAUGAGGUUAUGCUUUUCAACUUGAUUCCUGGAGGAGUUCCAGCUCAGUGCUGUGGAUGAUGAAUUUUCAGAAUUUUCCAUCCAAGAGGCUCGGUUGCUGAAUAUGUUUAAGAUGGAAAACAAUAGAUUUUUAGUAUCAAGGGUUGUGGGCGUAGUGCAGCAAAGUGACAGUAAGGUUAAAGGUCAGCCAUGAUCUUAUUGAAUGACAGAACAGGAGCCAUGACUGCUGCUGUUUGUUAUUGAGGAGAUCACUAUCUGAGUAUGCGUAUCAGUGCUAUGCUGAAAGAAUAGCAUUUAUAUUGAUUAGUGCCAUCACUAUUUUCAUGCUGAACUUUAUUUAAAAUAUGGAGGUUUUUUUCAACGUGGAAAUGGCUCAGUCUGAAAACAAGUGGCCAAUGUUACAAUAGCUGGAACAAGAAGAUGAAGUAGUAUUGUAUUACUUUACAUUUAAAGACAAGCUAAUGUUCUUUUUGUACUCGGUGUUGUCUAAUACACAAGGUUAUUAAAAAAAGAUGUUUCCUGUCAGAAAAUAGCUUUUUGGUAGAGAUACCUCCUUGACCUAACUUUAUAAUUGUUAUUUAUUGUAAAGUUAUCCAGAUUCUUGGCAUUUAGCAAAAAUGUACGUGUGUGUAUAUAUAUAUAUAUAUAUAUAUUAUAUAUUUUUAACAACCUUUUGGUAUCAAAUUAUCAGGAUUACAGGAACAAAACCUGCAGUUUGUAGUUUAAUGUGGUAAUGCUACUGUUUUGGACGUAAACAUCUAAAUUCAGCUUACACCAAAAAUAACACAAGCAGUAAAAUAUGCACCUGGUUUAUUGUAAGUCUUUGCUAACAUACUUGCUUCAUUUACUGUGUUUCAUUCUGUAUCAAGAAAUAAAUAAUGACAGGAAAUAUGUAAUAUAAAUACAAUAUAUUGAUAAUAAAUUUUACUUUUUUAUUUCAUUUAGUUAAAUCUUUUACCUAAGAAAUUUAUAAACUUGACAGAAUCCAUGAAAAGUCUUUUUUUUAAAUAUAGCUCAAAUUAGAAAUCUCAACAAUCCAGAGUUCAGAAUAGUGGUGGCAUAACUUAAAAAUAAUUUGGCUGAUUUUUGAAGGAAUAUUAAAAGACUUUGGGUGAGUUGGGGUGACUACUGUGCACAAACAUAUUUGCCGUAAACGAGAACCUAGACAAAAUUGAUCAAUGAUAGGGUCUUAAAUGGUGUCAAGUAGCAUUUCCAGCUAGUUUUGUUAUUUAAUUUAACCUCAGAAAUUUGUUACCUUACCCUAAAGGUGCAAUGAAGAACAAAUAUUUUACAUUUGCUGCACAUCACUCAUCUUUCAUUUCAAAAGUCUGAAAAGAUCAGCCUGAUGAUUUGGAGUACUUUCCAGGCAUUUCUAUUCCGUUUUGCGCAAAUCUGCAACCAGAGAUUUAAAGUUCAGUAAGAAGAUCAUCAAACUCUAUACAGUUUUGUAUGUUGAAACCAUAACUAGAGCAGUGAAAUUUUAAUAAAUGAUUAUUUAAAAAAAGAAGCAGCUUGAAAUAAAGAAAAAUGGAGUGUUUUUUUAAGUAACCUGAAUAAUGUUUCCAAAAGUAGGCUUGUUUGAUUGGUGUUUGGGUGGCUGUGGUAUGGAUUGAUGGUUCUUUUCAAAAAAUUGUUUGUUAUAUCAGGGCUAGCACAAAAAUUUUGAAUUAUGCACUAAAAUGAAUAUCAGGACAGUGCUGCUGGAACUUUUAUAUCUACAGUGUAUGCGCAUAUUUUCACACUGUCUCAAUGUUUCUGCACAACACAAUGCUUUAAAUACCAUAGGUCAAGUUAUACAUUUUUUCAUGUCUAAAAAGAAAUUGCACCUCCAUCUUCAAGCUGAAUGGCGUAUUCUCUGUACUAAUGGACACUGGAUGCUGUGGCAAGUUAGGAUAGAAAUGCAAAGGCCUGGCCACAAAGUACACUAUAUAGCAUUUAAAAUAAGUGGAGAAUAAAGUAGAAGUUACUGGGUUUGCUUUCACAUGAUACAUGAAGCUUAUAAAGUUUUGUGAUGUUUUACAUUAGUUACUAACAGCAGUUAAUAUAGUAACUGUAGUUAGUAUCUGUAGUGCUAUGCUAUAGAAAAUCAUCUUUUUUCAACUAUAUCUACAAGGAUGUACAAGUACUUCAUUGUAAAAAGAAAUGCCUUUUGGCUCCAGUUAAUCUGGAUUUUAAAACUAUCAAAUUAAAUUUAACUUUUUAAACUCUAGUACAAGUAAAAAGAUUUUAAGAACAAUGCACUUAAGCACUACAACUUCAAAGAAAAUUUUUUGAGUAACACCAUAAGUUCAUUUAGUAGUUUAGCAAAGAAUUUUUUUUGAUGGUUUUAAAUGUGUUGAUUAAGCCUAAUGAAAUGUUGGUUCUACACUGCACAGAUUUCUGUGUACUGCAUUGAUGGGUUAUUUCCUUUUACUUAGGUGUGCAAUAUCUUUAAGCCUACUUUAUUUUCUCAUUUAAACACACAAUGUUAUUGUUAUAAAUAGGAACUUCAGUUUGCUGUAGUGGUUUAUGGGAUUUUUUACAUUAUUAUUGGUGGAUUUUAUAAACAGUUUCUGUAUUUAAUUAUUUAUAAAGAAUGUUUAUGUAACUAAUGUUGGUUAGAAACUUUGGGUAUUCUUUAAAUUUGUUAAUGUUGAUGCUUUGUUUAAUAUUAGCAUUAAGGGUUAUGUGCUACAAAGGUGUAGAAUGCUUUUGCAUUCCUAGAGAAGUUGUUACUGAUUAUGUAGUAUGUUAGAAUUGCACAGAUUGACUGUAAUAAUUGUAUGGAUCUUAAUAUUUCCAGUUGUUUUCUUUUCCUUUUGUGUUUUUAUUCUGUCCUCCUGUCACUUUAUUGUCCAAAUUUCCAACGGAGAGGUUUGUAGCUUAACGAUCAACUUUCAACACUGCAGCUGGUAGGUUUUUGAGAACUCAUCAGUAUUUCUGAUCAUUAGAGAUUGAGUUAGAAACCUUUUGAGACUUGGCUUUCACAGUGCUGUCUUUGUGUAGCUUGUCUCAAAGUUAACUAUUUAAAAGGCAUUUGGAAUAAAAGCUGUAAACCAGUUUUGUCAAGUACUGUACCUUUUACAUUUUCUUUCUUUUACCAAUGUGCAGAUACUUCAAUUUUUAUUAUGAAACUGCACCUAUUAAUGUAGAACUUGACUGAAUAUUGACCAGUUACUAAAACAUUUGAAAGUCUGUCUCCUGCAAUAUAUUAAAAUGUUGUUUGAAAUCUGUCAUGCACAGAUCUCUGCUCCUACAGCGGGCACCUUUGUACUAGUUUUAUAAGGUACUGCAUCAGCAGGUACAAUAAACUGCCCUUUUUUAAAAAAAAAUUGAAUUCUGUAAGCAUUGAAAUGUUUGAUUGUAGCUUACUACUAAUUAAAAUUUGCAGAAUUGGAUGUAAUUAUUUUCAUUGCUGGUUUUGUAUAAUCUCCCUUGUGUGCACAUUAUCUUUUUGUUAUUUUUCCCAAAGACCCUCUGUAAAGAUCCAACAGAUGAAUAAAUGGUGUGUUUCUAACAGA